GUGGAAUCGAUAGGCCGUUUUAUUUUUAAAUAAUAUAUAGAAUGGUUUUAAAAUUUGGAAUAUAACUUUAUAGACCGUGUUGCGUUAAAAUAAUUUAAAUUAUCUGAUUUAAAAAAAAAGAGCCAUGAAGUUGGUGAUAUUGUUGCUGUCAGCUGUCGCCACAGCGUGUGGUUACAACAUUCUAUGUAUUCAUUCGGUGCCAUCGAAGAGCCACUACCUUUUGAUGAAGGGCAUCGUGGAUCCGCUCUUGAAAGCUGGCCAUCAGAUAACGUUCAUAUCAACUUUUCCAGAAUCGAAAACUGUGAAAAAUCUCAAGUACAUUGACGUUAGUCAUAUUAAAAUACCGCCUCAAACUGACGAUUGGCAGGACAAAUCUAAGCAGAGUAUAACGGUAAUCAAGGAGCUCGCGAGGAACAUAUCCAGGGAUGUCAUAGGAACUCCAGCCGUCAGGGAUGCACUGAUCAAGGAGAAGUUUGAUGCAGUGGUGACGGAAUGGUUUUUCAGUGAUACCUAUUCUGGAUACGCGGCUGUUCAGCAAGUACCAUGGAUCCUCCUCAGCGGUAUAAUGAUGCACACGCAUAUGGAAGGUUUAGUGGACACGGUUAGAACCAUACCUACUAUACCUUCCUUCAUGGUUGACUCAACAAUCCCCAUGAACUUUUGGAGCCGUAUACAGAAUACUUUUUGGUACUUCUUAACGCUUACAGGAUCGUUAAUGGACUAUUCGUUGCAAAACUCCGACUACCAAGCCUACUUCAGUACCAUCGCAAAUGCCCGAGGAGUAACCCUGCCUCCUUACCACGAAGCCAUACACGAUAUAUCCAUCCUCUUCGUCAACUCACACCCCUCGUUCUCACCAGCUCAGAGCUUUCCACCUAACGUUGUUGAAAUCGGAGGUUAUCACAUCCCCGAAGAAAUACCACCACUACCAAAGGAUCUACAGGAUAUUCUAGAUUCUUCUAAACAGGGUGUGGUAUUCUUCAGCAUGGGAUCGAUCCUCAAAUCCACAGCACUGACAGAAAAGACUAGACAAGAUUUGAUCAAGGUGUUUGCCGAACUGCCUUACACCGUGCUUUGGAAAUUCGAAGAACAACUCGAAGGUCUGCCAAAGAACGUCCACGUCAGAUCCUGGAUGCCACAGACUAGCAUUCUUGCUCAUAAAAACGUGAAAGUCUUCAUCACUCAUGGCGGUCUCCUGAGUACGUUUGAGUCGCUCCGGUUUGGGAUCCCCAUCAUAGCCAUCCCUGUGUUCGGAGACCAGCCCUCUAACGCGAUGAAAUGCGUGCGGGGAGGACACGCACUGAUGGUGGAAUUCUCACCAGAUAUGGGGGGGCCUCUAAAAGACGCUUUGAAAGAAAUGCUGAGGAACGACAGAUACUACAAACGAGCCAAGUACUUGUCGAAAAUGUUCAACGACCGUCCCGCGACCACCACUCACCUCAUACAGCACUACGUGCGACUAGCCAUCGAGAGCAAUGGCGCUCACCAUCUCCGCUCCAAGGAUCUACUAUAUUCGUGGUACCAACUGUGGAUGCUGGACCAGGUCGCUUUAAUUCUUGUUAUAAUGUACAUUAUAUACAGAGUGUUUAGGAAAAUUGUUGGGUGUUUUAAAAAAGGAAAAAAUGUAAAAGACAAGAAAGAGAAAAGACUUUAA